CUACGCUUCACUCACUUUUCCUUUUCUUUGCCAGGUUUCUCCACUCUCUUACGAGGACGCGUCAAGACAAUCGCAGGCCCUCACAAAGAUUAACUGAGAUGUAUUCGAUACGCCAACGACUCACCACCUCGCUCGCUCCUCGCAAGUCAGUUACAUAUGGCCUCGCUGCUCCACCACGGAAGCCACCAAGCGCAUCUCGCCCUGCCCACCGUCGCUUUGGAACCUUCUUGACCCCUCCUCCAAAUGCUCUCCGACUGAGGCAGCAGUAUAACACUCCGACUCCAGUUGCGUUUCGUCAGAUGCACGUCCGCGCUAUGUCGUACUCUUCCAUUCCACGAUUCGUCGCACGCGCUUUCCGUAUUCCCGCAGCUGGAGCCGCAAUUGGAGCAGGAGGCAUAGGAUACGCCAACUACAAGUUUGAACAGUUCCGGGAGACGACCUCGGGAUGGAUAAACACCGUGCAAGAUGCGGCUAGUGACUUUGCAGACACGGCCACGGAUGGGUGGAAGAAUGUUACGGGACGCGUCUCCUCGAUAGAGACUCCUCAAGUGUUCAAGGACGUCAAGGACUUCUUCUCCUCACUCGACUUCAAGGGCGGCGAUGGUCAGGACUCUGGAAACGGCUCUGGUCCCUCGGGCAAGCGUCCCUCGAGCGAGGAUAAUGCUGCCCUGGCUGUCCUGGCUGCUGCUACCAUGGCUUCACAGUCGGACUCUCACGCAGCUGAAGGUGGCGACGACAGCGAUCCUACCCAGAAUGGACUUAUGCAUCUUACCCGCAAGCUCAUUGAAAUCCGCACCAUGCUCCUCAGUAUCGACCAGAGCGACGCACUUAAGCUUCCGAGCAUCGUUGUCAUUGGAAGUCAGAGCUCCGGAAAGAGUUCCGUAUUAGAAGCUAUUGUCGGACAUGAGUUCCUCCCAAAGGGUAACAACAUGGUCACUCGCCGACCUAUCGAGCUUACCCUCGUCCACACUCCUUCAACCGGCGGGAAAGGUGAAGAGUACGGCGAAUUCCCCCAGCUCGGCCUCGGCAAGAUCACCUCCUUCUCCCAGAUCCAACAGACGCUCACCGAUCUCAAUCUCGCCGUAUCGGCGGCCGAGUGCGUCUCGCACGAGCCUAUCGACCUGCGCAUCUAUAGCCCACACGUGCCUGACCUCACUUUGAUCGACCUGCCUGGCUAUGUGCAGAUCGCGUCGAUGGACCAACCCGAGACGCUCAAGGAGAAGAUCGCAGGUCUUUGCGAGAAGUACAUCAAGGAGCCGAACAUCAUUCUCGCCGUGUGCGCUGCGGAUGUCGACCUCGCGAACUCGCCUGCGCUGCGUGCAAGUCGCAAGGUCGAUCCGCUUGGCCUGCGCACGAUCGGCGUAGUGACGAAGAUGGACCUCGUUCCGCCAGAACAGGGCGCAGUCAUUCUCUCGGGCAACCGGUAUCCGCUGCAUCUGGGCUACGUUGGCGUCGUCGCCAAGCAGUCGGGUCGAAAGCCGCGGGGCGAGGGCACGGGACCCCUCGUGCGGCGCGGAGAGGACGACUACUUUGGGCAGUACCGCGAGUACUUUGGCGCGUCGUCGUCGAAGCAUGGCAAGGCCAACGGCGGCACCGGGCUGAUGACCGGCACAGACACGCUGCGCCGGCGGCUGAUGGAGGUGCUCGAGAGCUCGAUGGCGUCGUCGCUGCACGGCCUGUCGAACGCGGUGCAGCUCGAGCUCGAGGAGGCGUCGUACCAGUUCAAGGUGCAGUACAACGACCGGCGCGUGACGCCCGAGAGCUACGUCGCGGAGGUGAUGGACACGCUCAAGGCGCGCUUCCGCGACUGCGCGGCGCAGUUCGCGAAGCCGGCGGUGCGCGCGCGGCUCAAGGCGAUGCUGGACGAGAAAAUGAUGGACGUGCUCGAGCAGCUGUACUGGCUCGACCGGCGCGCGCCGGAGCUGGGCGCGCUCGCCGAGGACAAGCGGCUCAGGCCCGAGGACGUCGAGCCGUACUGGCGGCACAAGCUCGAAGCGGCGAGCUCGCUGCUGACUAAGAGCGGCGUCGGACGCGAUGCGACGCUGCUCGUGGCGGAUGGCCUGCGCGCGCUGAUCGACGCGAUUGCGACGGGCGAGCCGUUCACGUUCCACCCACGGGCGGCGGAGCGGCUCACGCAGUUCUCGCACGCGAUUCUGCGCGAGAGGAUCGGGCUGACGAGCGACCAAGUGGAGAACUGCAUCAAGCCGUACAAGUACGAGGUCGAGGUGGACGAGCGCGACUGGGACGCGGGGCGGAAUCGCGCGAUGGACCUGUUCGAGAACGAGGUUACGAUGUGCGAGGGGAAGCUGAAGGAGAUCAGGAAGAAGGUUGGUGGGAGCAGGCGGCUGAACGGGCUGAUGGGCUAUGUGAGGGGUCUAGAGGAGCGCGCGAAGCAGCGGAGGUUGGUAGGCGACGAGAGUGGCACAAGCGAGGAGGAGCCGGAGAGCUAUCGGUAUCCACCAGCGCAGGUCUUGGAUGCCCGACACGCAGUGUUGUACAGUGACCGGCUGGGCAUACUGAAGCUGCGCCUCGCAGCUUUACGGUCGAAGCGUUGCAAGGCGGGCCCGCAGAGUGAAGUGUUCUGCCCCGAGGUGUUCUUGAACGUCGUCGCGGACAAGCUCGCAUACACCUCAACGAUGUUCAUCAAUAUCGAGCUUCUUGACCACUUUUUCUAUCAGUUCCCUCGCGAGAUCGACUCGCGGCUACUCUAUGAUCUUGACCGGAAGGAGAUUAUCGAGUUUGCGCGCGAGAACCCGACCAUACGCCGUCAUCUCGACCUGCAGGAGCGCAAAGAUAAGCUUGAGGAGGUCAUGAAGCAGCUCAACAGCCUCUCGACUCUUCGUCCGGAUUCGCAGCCGUCAGCGCGGAGACAACGAGGACUGUUCGGCGGCAUGUUCUAGACGACUGAACAGGUUCUUUCUUUGCAAGACCCUUUUUCACAUGUAGAUAUGGCAAGGCGAGGCGCAUGAGCAAUUUUCCUCGAGGCGAGGAUUUUGUCGUUGUUGUUCUUUGCGUUCUCUGCUUAUGAUAGAUAGAUAAUUAGGAUUUGGAUUCACGCUGUAUAAUCUUUGGAUAGGCUUAAGAAUAGGAUUAAUCCGCC